AUGAGUAUCAUGGAGUACAACGGUGGCAGUGUGGUGGCAGCAAAGGGCAAGAACUGCGUCGUCAUCGCAUCGGAUCUCCGUCUCGGUCAGCAGGCAAUGACGGUGGCAUGCAACUUCGACAAGGUCUUCCGCGUCACCGAAAAGACAUACGUUGGUUUGCCAGGCUUGGCGUCAGAUGUUGCGACACUCAAGGAGCGGUUCCGAUACCGAGUCAACAUGUACAAGAUGAAGGAGGAGCGCGAUAUCGAGCCAGAGAUCUUUGCAAACUUGGUCAGCUCGACACUCUACGAGAGAAGAUUUGGUCCCUAUUUCAUCGAGCCCGUCAUCGCUGGUAUCAACUCGAAAGACGAGCCCUUCAUCGCAGCAACGGACGUCAUUGGGUGCCUCAACUUUGCGAAGGACUUCGUGGUCAGCGGCACAGCAUCCGACAAGCUCUUUGGCAUGGCAGAAGGACUUUGGGAGCCUGAUCUUGGCCCCGAGGAACUUUUCGAGACCGUUUCACAGAUCCUGCUCGGUGCACUCGAGCGCGAUGCGCUAUCAGGUUGGGGUGCCAUCGUCCGCAUCAUUACCCCCGACAAGGUCAUCGAGAGGACGCUCAAGGCGAGAAUGGAUUGA